AUGGAUCGAUGCGUUCAUGGACAAACUUUUGUUGACGAGAACGCUGACGCCGCCGACUCCUCUACUGUCGCAUGUUCCGAGGUGCAAAUCUUCUCCGGUGUUACAGACGGCGUUGGAUGGAUGGCGUCGUCUCGUUACGGCCAGGCCCAUGCCGUCGUACUUUAUCCUUCUUGCUUGUAUGAUCAAGUCCUGUAUCGAGGACUCGGAUGGAAGUGUGCGUGCAUUGCCGUUACAGAUCUACCAGUGUCAGCAGCGACACCUGCCGAUGUUUGGUCUGCCCUCCUGGCGGCUCAGUCCGCUGUAGCAGUUUUCUUUAUUUAUUUGUCUGUAAUUGUUGAAAGCGAAGUAAGAAAGUGUCGCGCGCUAAGCACCGCCAGCAAAAACGUUCGCGAUGUGAGUCGAUUACGUCGUGAACGACGAAUCGUGCGAAAGGUGAUGUAUUCGAAGAAAAACAGCCAUACGAACUGUCUACAGGACAAAUCCACAUGUAGCUAUUCGGACGUUAUCGAAUCUUCGUUCCGUCGUAAAGGUGACGCUGUGUCGUUGUGCUCUGCUCGCCUCGACAUAGUGGCCCGGAUUGCUUGUCCACUGAUAUACAUUGUUCUGACAAAGCCGAUGAUCCGAGUUGAUGGUCCACGCUUGUUAUUCGUCUCGACGUGGCAGCUUCGCCUUCGUGUCGAGUCAGGUCUCCUUCAGUGGGCCAUCUCCUCGAAUGAGGCAUCCUUACUCAGUGAUGCCCUUUUAUACACGAUGCUGAUGGUGGAUAUAAUGAUAAUGUUGAUACUAUAUAGCAAAUACGAGGUGCUAUUUUAUUUCUUUAUUUGCGUACAAGCUGACGUUUCUACGGAUUUCGCCUUCCUCAGAGUCUGGAAAGGUUAA